AUGGCCCAAACAUUUGCACCCGUCGUCAAUGACCGCGGAAAGACAGACCGUCAGAUCAGUUUGCUCAUACCAACGGACGAUCAAGAGGUGCGACUGGAGCUCCGAAAGUUGGGAGAGCCAAUCACUCUUUUUGGUGAAGGCAAGGCUGAAAGAAGAGAGCGUCUUGUACGGCUAGUGAGUGAACGAAAACACACCAACUUUGAGUUUGCCGAAGUACAGGAUGAUAGCAUGGACAGUGACGAAGAAGAUGAAGGGGAGGAAGAAGAAGAAUUCUACACACCAGGAGAUGAUGCAUUACUAGAGGCACGGAAAGACAUACUAGCGUACUCUAUAGAUAGAGCAAUGCAACGAGUUGACAAACAACGGAAAGUUUCUGCAUCGUAUAACUUUGCCCAGGUGUUGCGGCACAGACGAAAUAUCAAUUCACAACUCAAACAAUUCGAGCCCCAGGGCUCGUUUACCGUGAAAGGUAAUACUAGAGCAUUGAAUGGCGUCCGCAUCAACAGUUCCAACUCUCUAGUGGCAUGUUCCUCCUGGGAUGGACAUGUCACCAUUUUCAAAAGAGACACACAAGAAUCCAUCAGCCAGGCGGUGAGACUGAAACCGGGCUAUCAUACUGAAAAGGCGACUUUGGCAUGGAGUCCUUCUGAGUCCACCACACUCGCUUCAGCUGGAGCAGAAGGUACUCUCAACAUAUGGAGAGUCGACGACGGCUCAUUGACAAAUACUUAUCGCCGUGACAAUGCUCAUAGCGGACGGAUUGCGCGGACAGAAUUCCAUCCUAGCGGAAAAUACUUGGCAACGACAUCUUUUGACCUCACCUGGAAACUUUGGGACGUCUUGCGGCCCGAAAAGGAGAUUUUGGAACAAGAGGGUCAUGCCAAGGAAGUUUUCGCCUGCAGCUUCCAUCCCGAUGGCAGUCUUUUGGCCACGGGAGGCUUGGACGCUAUAGGCCAUAUUUGGGACUUGCGAAGCGGCCGCACUAUUGCCACGCUUGAGGGCCACAUCCAAGGAAUCUACAGUAUGGACUGGUCUCCAAAUGGAUAUCACCUUGCCAGUGGUAGUGCUGACUGUUCUGUGAAAAUUUGGGACAUGCGCAAAGCGCAUGGAGCAGAGCUUUUCUCGAUACCUGCUCAUACCAAGAUUGUCAGCGACGUACGAUUUGUACAAAACACUCAUUCGAGCCCAUUGGCACAGCCUGUGGCAGACGAAAACGAAGAAAAUACUCAGACGUUGGAUGUGUCGGGCACAUAUCUAGCCACAAGUUCCUACGACGGUACGGUGAAGCUUUGGUCGUCAGACAACUGGCUCCAUGUCAAGUCUUUGGUUGGCCACACAGACAAGGUAAUGAGUGUUGACGUGGGGAAAGAUGCGCUGUGUAUAGUGAGCUGCGGCUGGGACAGAACCAUCAGAUUAUGGGGAAAGGUAUGA